AUGAGCGGAGAUUUUGAUGAGUUUGUGGACGCGAUCGAUUUCGAGAGACCUGACGAGUGUGUAGCCGGUUCAGCUCAAAUUUGUCUUACUUCGUCGAUGGAAAACCUUAGAAUUCAGCCUUCUUCGCGGCCUGCGAUUGGAACGAUGGACGACGUUACGUGCAAGUCUCCUGUAUGUGAGAUCAAGGGAAGCGCGCUGUGUUAUACCCCUUCACUCGAUAAAGAAAUCCAGUCGUCAGCUUUGUUUAACACUCCUGCGGUAUGUUACUGGUUUUUGAUUUCCAGAAGUGGAUUAGCUCCCCAUUUUCAGGAUAGUGGUUCAUUCUCGCGUCGUGAUCGACUUACAGCGCUUCGACGUCGAAUGCGUGAGGAAUUCGGGGCGAUGGAUUUCGCACCCACUCACGGAACAGCCACUGAUUGUGAUAGUUUAAGUAUAACUAGUGAGGCGACAAGUAUGCAUUCAUGGCAUCGACGUGUUAUUGCGAGCACACAGACGGUGGUCGUGCACCCAUCUGACAGCGUUAGUACACGAGCCGGACCUGCUAACAUUUCUAACAAUUCACCUCAUACUCAGUUACAAGCAAGCACUUCUGAUGAUCUUACCAGGGAAGCAACUGGUCGAAGAUUCUACUUGGCAUUACUGUGGUUGCGGACUCUUAGUUCUAAUUUGACGGAUUUUUUUUGGUUUAUAAAGCUAAGCGCUUCUCCAAUAUCGAACUCCGCCGCAGUUGUGCCGAUGUCGCCAACUGGACCGCCUCCUAAUCAUCCUCCUCCACCAUUACCUGUGAGAUUCUUCGCAGUUUGCACUUACACAGCGCUACGAGAGGUUUCAAAUGAUCUGCGAUCUCCACCUCCACUUCCUCCGAGGAAUCCCUCAAUACGCCUUCCUGUUCCUAUUGCUGCGGAACUCAUUGCGCGUUUAAAUUUGUCUGAGGAUACGGAUAGGGUGUCUUCAACGUCGAAUGACUCCUUACUAUCAAGCGCGGAUGCAAGACGGAGAGGUCACACAAAAACCAACUCUCUUGAUAGGGGUCUAACCUUAGCGAAAUCGCUUAAGACUGGUCCAUUCCCACCACCGUCAAAUAAGUCGAACUCCUUAACACGGCAGGAGGUGAGUGAUGACGGAGAGGAAUGUGCACGAAAUACGGCUGCUGAAGGCGUAAUACUCCAAAUAACAACAACACUUAUUGGAGAUCAGUCGUCAAGGAGUGGUGACUUAGAGCCAAUAGCUUCCGAGUCUUCGUCUAUGUCUUCUCCUCGCUCGGAAUUGUCGAAAAAAGUGAAAGGAAUUAAAGCUAGAAAAGUGAGAAAACUGGCAGGGCAAGGCUUAGAUGAAGAAGUGAAGGUUAUAGGAAAAGAACAUGUAGACCCAAUUACUCGAGACGUAGAGAGGAGAAUGAGCAUUAAACGCGAUUUUCCACUGCACUCAGAAAGUAUAAGUGAUGACAUCCGUUCGGAUAGGUUUUCCCAGUCACGAUCCAGCAUUGAUUAUGCUAAGUCAUGGGCUCGAAGUUAUAGCAAUUUUGCUAGUGGUCUUUUCCGUGGAGCAUUGCAAAAGAUGAAAACGGUUGCACACAGCUCUGCAUCAGUGAAGGGAGAUGAUACGUCUGACAGCGAAGGAGACCAGUCUGAGUCAGGAAUACCAUCUACUGGACACAGUGGAUCUAUUGUUCGUCCCAGAAAGGGCAAGAAAGGUCCCUUUGAUUUUGAGCAACUAAGAGUGGUUCAGGAAUUGUGCAAUGAACACACUGGUGCAGUAUGGUGUGUACGAUUUUCUGUUUGUGGUCGUUUGAUGGCAACAGCCGGCCAGGAUAAUAUGAUUCGGGUUUGGGCUGCUCGAAGUCACCUCAAAUAUUUCAUCCAAAUGAGAGAAAGAUAUCAACAUAAAAACUCUGGUUCUUGCAAUUCACCUGGCGACGUAUUUCAAGCAGCAAUUCAUGAGAUGGAGUCAUUUCGGCCGCCUAGUCCCAGUAGUAGUAAUACACAAAGCGAGCAAAAUAGCGACGAUGAAGAUUCUACGAAUUUAUUUUCGGCCAAGCCAUUUGUCGUUUUCAAGGGCCAUACAGCAGACAUCUUGGAUUUGUCAUGGUCUAAGAACUACUUUGUUCUUUCAUCCGGGAUGGAUCGAACUGUGAAACUGUGGCACUUGUCUCGCAACGAAUGUCUGUGUUGUUUCCAACAUGUGGAUUUUGUUACUUCAGUCGCAUUUCUUCCAAAGGACGACCGUUAUUUUCUUUCUGGCUCUCUAGAUGGUAAAUUACGGAUGUGGCAUAUACCAGAUAAAAAAGUUGCUGUUUGGAAUGAAGUACCUGUAAAAUUCAUCACGGCGAUCGCAUUCGUUAAAAACGGGAAGUUUGCUGUCGUUGGAACGUACAAUGGGCGUUGUUUUUUCUACUCUACUGACCAACUCAAGUAUCAUACGGUAGUGGACGUACGAUCGUCCCGUGGGAAAAACUCAAGAGGGCACAAAGUCACAGGUCUGGCUGUCCAUGGAGACAAGCUACUGGUGACCUCUAACGAUUCUCGUAUUCGUAUGUACGAUGUUCGAGAUAAAGCUCUGACUUGUAAAUUUCGUGGUGCUCAAAAUGAACACUCGCAAAUUCGCGCAGCCUUUUCUCCUGAUGGAAGGCAUAUUGUGUGUGGAUCAGAGGAUAAGUAA